CGCAUAUGUGUCACUGUCACUCUUGGUGGAAAGAGAGUAUAUUGCAGCGAUAGAAGGCGCAAACGAAUGACUAGUGAGGGGUAGUCGCAAUGCCAGUCACGGCCGACCAAGAGCGGCAGCUGCUCAACCACUACAAACUCACCACCCUCUACCCGGACACCUUCCCUGCAGAACUCGACCAGGAUGACGACGUCGACGAUGACGACGACGACGACGACGAUAACAACAAGCAACUCAACGGCGGGCCCGUCCACCACCCGACUCGCUCCCCCCUCAACGCCCGGAUGAGCGCGUCCCGCUACCGCAACAUCGACCGACACGCCUCCAUGCGCUCCACCGGCAGUCUCGGCCCGGAGAGCGUGGUGCAAAAGGAUGAACCCGACCCUCUCGGCAUGACUUCAAGUGUCGCUUCCGAGCUGCGGAGAAGAGGGGUCCCCGUGGAAGAAGACCUCAAGCUGCGCAACCGCUUCAUGCUGAGCUCCACCUCCUUCUCCCCGCAACUCUUCCUCUCCCACGUCCACCGAGAUGCCUCAAUGGACGACUUACUCCGGGGGCUGGACAACCUCAGCCAUAGCAUCGAGCAAAAGUCCGCCUCCCUCAAAGUGCUGGUGGAGAGCAACUUCGACCGCUUCGUCAAAGCCAAGUCGACCAUCGACCACGUCUACACCGAGAUGCGCACCCAAGGCGGCGACGCUUCUUCGAGUCCCUCCACCCCCACGCCGGGCCGAAGGGGAGGCCAUGCCCGACACACCAGCCGGAGUCAGACCCACUUUCGGAACGCGAGUGCACCCUUCUCCGCCGCGGCUUCCCCGAAGCUGAACGACAGGAAGAAGAACGCUUUGACCAAGGAGUCCGAAUACGGCGUCCUCGGCAUCAAAAUCCCGCUGCAGGAAGUCACGAUCAAAGCGGAAGAAGUCUGGGGCCCGGCCAUUGGUGGGAGGGAGAAGGAAGAAACGCUCAAAGCCGUCAUUGGAGCGGUCGAUGCGCAUAAAGACAUCUUCAAGCUGGGUAGUGUGGUGUAUGAAGCGAUCAAGAAGAACGACUACGACACCGUGACCGACGGGUGGAAACAGGCGAAUAGAUACGCCGACCAAGCGCGGGAGAUUGCGGCGGUCGCUCAGCAGAAUGCCGUGGUGCUAGCGGACCAAGACGCACAACAAAUCCUCAUCACGGCGAAGAUGUACCACGACGUCUCCGCGCAGAUCGAGACGUAUAAGCGUGAUACGUGGCGAAGACUGAAAUCCAGUCAUGGACGCAAACCCGCCGCCGUCGCCGACGAGACGGAUAAGGAGGAGCAUAUGGAACUUAUUGGCGUAUUAAUAUUACUGGGAGUAGACGAAAAUCCGAUCUGGGAAUGGCUGAAUAGUCGGUGUCUCUACCUCAAGGAUAAGCUCGCGCGAUCGUUUGAGCGGUCGAGGGUUGAGAUCGAGAUCCUACGCCGGCGUCUAGCAGCGCACGAACGGAAGGACGUUAAAGCUUCGACGCAGUAUCUGCGCUCCGCAUCAGUCAAUUCGUCACUGCUCGCCGGCAAGGAUGCGGGAAAAGAAAUGGACGCCCCACCCAUCCUGGCGUUCUGGUCAAAGCUCCAUGCCGACCUGAACACCCUCCUCAGCUCCUCCACCGGCAUCCUAGGAGAAUUGCUAGAAUUCUGGGAAACGACGCAAUCCUUCAUUGACGGGAAAGCGCAGAAGUCCUUCCCCAACGCCGUCCUAGUGGCGAGUGUAGACAACCUCGCCCUAGAGCCGGACGACGUCGCGAACCUUCGCGCUGGAGCUAUAGACCUGGUGAACCAAAUCAGGGAGAACGUGCGUUCUUUCUUCGUCGACCCGCCGGUGGAGGAUCUGAGUGAACUGUACAGUCCUGUCCCGCCUACGCCCAUCACACCCGCUUCCGACAACAACAAUAACAACAACUCGAACUCCAGGACUCCCGCGAGCGCGAGAGCGAAUCGUUCCUUCUCCUUCUCCGUCGAUGCAGGCAGCGUACCACCGCCGACGCCGAAAACGGGAUCCGCGACGGAGAAGUUCGCCUUUUGGCCCCCGGGAUCCAACUCCCUCUCCGCGUCGAGCUACUUGGCGAAGAUUUCGCUCCUCGUCGCUCUGGCGGCCACGGAUCUCGCGUCCCUUCCCCUGUUGACCCGCCAUCCGGAUUCCCGUCGCAUGAUCGAGGGGUUGAGGGGGAUGGUGGGGGUGGUGCGUGACCGCGCGCUCACGGCCACUUGCACGCAGUGGGUGGCGGAUGUGGAGAAUCUUGCACGGUAUUUGGAGAGGUGGGAAAGAAGCCCGGAUCGGAAGGAUUUGACGCUUCUGCCGGGCAUGUUUAUGGGGUUUGAGGAGAGGUUGGUUAGGGAGGUCAGGAGGAUGGCUUUUAUCAGUGAGGCGAGCGGGGUGCGGGGGGCGAAUGAGGAGGUUAUCGUUUCCCCGCCGGAUCAGAAGUUGGUGCAGAUGGUCAGAGAGAAGGUUGUGGGGGAGCAUGGGGAGGAGGGGGAUGAGGUUGCUGUGCCCGUUGGUGUGGGAGAAGGGGGAGGCAGUAAGUCAACCCGCUUGCUACUAACCCUCUCCAACCUCUCCCACCUCCGCUCCGACCUAAUCCCGCACCUCCUCACCGCCUUCGAAUCCGCCUUCGCCCCGCUCAAACUCACCGACGAAACGAAAUCCAUCCGCGACCUGCUCUCCCAACUCGACGCCCGCUUAUUCCAAGCCUACACAAAACCCCACGUCGACCGCCUCUCAAUCCUAAUCUACGACGGCAUCAACGCCCCCACUUGGUCCCCCCCGCCAGGCAGUCGACCGAGUAAUGCAAGCCAAUACGUCUACGACGCUCUCCUCUUAAUGGUGGGAGUGCAUUCGGAGGUAACCACAACCACCACCCCGACCACCCCCUUACUCGCCCAAAUCUUGUCAUACCUCCUCGAACAAGCCUCGCACCACCUCCUCGACGCCUUCAAACGCGCCCACUCCCAUUACACUUUAUCCAUGCUCAUGCAAGCAACACUGGAUGUGGAAUUCCUGGCUCAGACGCUGAAUACUUUUUCUUCGGAUAAAGCGGGGGAGGUGCAGAGUCAAGUCUAUUUGGCCCUGGAUGAGCGGACGGACGACGAGGCGAGGCAGAAGUUGCAGGGGGAGUUGCCGGAGAUGCGGGGGGUGUUGAAGCGGUUGCGCGAGGGGAGUCGCGGGGGUUUCGGGUGUUUUCGGCGGGAGAGGAGGGGACGGGAGGGGAGGAAGGAGGGUGCGCGAUAAGACUCUGCGAGGUGAGGGUCUUGCGGUUUAGGGUGUUGUUGUUCUUCGCCGGAAUUCUGCUAGUCGGUCGAGCACUGCUACGCCGUUCCAUCUCUCCUCUCCCUCUCCCUCUCCCUCUCCUUCUGCUUCGCCCGAGCCACCUCCGUCAUGAGCGGUCGUGAGCGUCGGCACGCCAACUUGCUCAAUGCAGAAACUAGCGCUCACACUUGCCACUCGCGCGGCAUCUACGAGAUCCAGCUUCAACCGUGCAAGUCCCACCGCCAAUCCGCCGAGAAACCCAUUCCCGCCUCCCGUCGGAUCGACGACUCUAGUCGCAUCGGUAUGGUAGGCAGGGAGCCAGUGAGUCAGUCCGGUGGAGUCGGCGAGGUAGCAGCCCGUUUUACCGCAGCGGACGACGACUGACAGUGUACUUCCUU